CUGAUAUUUUAUACCGAGAGUCAACAACAUUACCCGAUUUCAAAAGCGACCAGUUUUCUUCCUUUGGUCUCCAUUUUUUUGUCAAAACGAAGACCAGAGCCAUUGGAUCUACAAAUCAGGCAGUAGUGAUUAUCGUCAAACUUGAAAUACUCAUCAGUUUCUUCCUCUUCUCCUGGGUUUGAUUGGCGGACAAAAGGGAGCUGGAUUAGCUUUCUGAAUUGAACUUCGACCUUUGUAUCUUGUUCCGGUGUAAGAAGAAGAAUAAGAGGCUUUUUGGUGAUUAUGGGAUAUCUGAAUUCUGUUUUGUCAUCUUCGAGCCAAGUUCACGCCAGCGACGGACCUGUCAGCGGCGGCGGCCUCAGUCAGAACGGUAAGUUCAGCUAUGGAUAUGCAAGCUCUCCUGGUAAAAGAUCUUCGAUGGAGGACUUUUAUGAGACUAGAAUCGAUGGCGUUGAUGGGGAAAUCGUUGGUCUUUUUGGUGUCUUUGACGGACAUGGAGGUGCACGUGCAGCUGAAUAUGUCAAGCAAAAUCUAUUCAUUAACCUGAUCAAGCAUCCAAAGUUCAUCUCUGACACUACAGCAGCAAUAGCUGAUGCAUACAACCAAACAGACUCAGAGUUUCUUAAAUCAGAAAAUAGUCAGAACAGAGAUGCUGGUUCAACGGCUUCAACAGCCAUAUUAGUUGGCGACCGUUUACUUGUUGCUAAUGUAGGGGACUCUAGAGCUGUUAUAUGCAGAGGUGGAAAUGCUAUUGCUGUAUCCCGAGACCACAAGCCUGAUCAAAGUGAUGAGCGCCAACGAAUAGAGGAUGCUGGAGGAUUUGUCAUGUGGGCUGGAACAUGGAGAGUUGGAGGAGUUCUUGCUGUUUCUCGUGCAUUUGGCGAUAGGCUAUUGAAGCAGUUCGUUGUUGCUGAUCCGGAGAUACAGGAGGAAAAAGUUGAUAGCUCUCUCGAGUUUCUCAUUCUUGCAAGUGAUGGUCUCUGGGACGUUGUAUCAAACGAGGAAGCUGUUGGGAUGAUCAAAGAGAUAGAAGAUCCCGAGGAAGGUGCAAGAAGACUGAUGACGGAAGCUUACCAAAGAGGAAGUGCAGACAACAUAACUUGCGUCGUUGUACGUUUCUUUUCAGACCAAACAGGAGUAGGUUCCAGCAGCAACAUCGAUCACGGUAUCAUACCGGACAGAAGCUCCGGUGACUCAUCAACAUAGUUUUAACAUGGUGAUUUCCCUUUGGGUUUCGCUAUUUCAGAUUUCACCCAAAAAACAAAUGAAUCUGGGAGAUUAUACAUUUGUUUUUAAAAAAUGUCCAACGGUUUCUCAACAAUAUAUAGAAAAAAAAACUAAGGAAACCCUUGUUACACCU